AUGGCCGCCUGGAAAUCUCUACAAAAUGGGUCCUUGGAAGGCAUUUCUCGUGUCCCAGACCUCGAUGCGUCAAAGCUCACUAUCACGCUCGCUAAUUCUCUCAAGCCUAUGCCUGCACCGGAAUCGCUGGUGUUCGGAUCGGUGUCUACGGACCAUAUGCUCGUCGUGAGUUUCGACCCUUCAACGGGAUGGUCUGCGCCCGAAAUCAAGCCUUACGCUCCACUGUCGUUGGACCCGAUGAGCUCUUGUUUUCAGUACUGCACCAGCGUCUUUGAAGGCAUGAAGGCGUACAUAGGUCCAGACGGGAAGGCCCGGCUCUUCAGACCCGAAAAGAACAUGGCGCGCCUAGCACGGUCCGCCGGACGUUGCGCACUCCCCCCAUUCAAUGAAAAUGCGGUCUUGACGCUCAUAAAGCGCCUCGUUUCGGUCGAGAAACGCUGGAUACCCGCCCUUGAAGGAUACAGUCUCUACAUCAGACCCACCAUCAUCGGUACGCGAGCGGCCCUAGGAUUAGCACCCUCUGAUCACGCUCUGCUGUAUGUUCUCGUCACUCCUGUGGGACCCUUCUUCAGACAGACUCCUGCAAAGCCCGUGUCGCUCCUCGCCGUCAGCGACAGUGUGCGCGCGUGGCCCGGUGGAACUGGAGGGCACAAACUAGGGCUCAACUAUACCCCUGGAUUACUCCCUCAACGUGUCGCAGCGAAGAAGGGGUAUGACCAGAUCUUGUGGGUUCUGGAUGAUGUGGUCUCGGAAGCUGGAGUCAUGAAUGUGUUUGUUGUUAUCAAAAGGGAGGCCGGGGAUGGAGUCGAUGUCGUUACCCCCGAACUCGACGGAACUAUUCUUCCUGGAGUGACGAGGAUGUCGGUGAUGGAGCUUUUGCAGAAAAGGGGAACGCAGGUAGCGGAAAGGAAGGUGACGAUGACAGAGUUGAAAGCACUGAGUGCCCAAAGGAGAUUGUCAGAGGUGUUUUUGAUGGGCACGGCGAUUAUUGUGGCAUCGGUUGGGAGGAUUGGGCUUGAAGGUGGAGAGGGAGAUUUGGUGUUGCCGGGACCAACCCCUGUUGCAGAUGCAAUGAAGAAGAGUCUGCUGGAAAUUCAAGAAGGGAGAGUAGAGUUCGAGGACUGGAGCGUUAUUUGCGACGAUGAUUGA